UUUUUUUUUCCUCCCUCCUCGCGACAACACACACAGGAGCAGCUGCUACCGGAGCGGAGCCGGGAGGAGAACCGAGCGGUCCGCCAAACCCACAAAAACUUCACCGCCGAUCAGCUGGAGGAUUUUAGGGUUUUGUCAGCGUGCGGCGUCAACUUUCUAUAGCUUAUAUUUUUGCUGCAACGACACCGACGGAAAUCAGAAUAUAAUUUAAAAAAAUUGAGUUGUGUGCGCGGUAAAUUGUAAACUAGCUGUUAGCAUUAGCAUUUAGCGUUAUCAUUAGCUUAGCCGAACAGCACCGCAUCACAUCACACCGCGCCGCGCCGGGGGACGGAAUGGAGCUGAUAACAAUCCUCGAGAAAACCGUGUCUCCAGAUCGGAAUGAGCUGGAGGCAGCGCAGAAGUUUCUGGAGCAAGCUGCCAUUGAGAAUUUGCCUACAUUCCUGGUGGAGCUGUCAAAGGUGUUGGCAAACCCAGGGAACACGCAAGUGGCCCGAGUUGCCGCUGGCCUGCAGGUAAAGAACUCUCUCACAUCUAAGGACCCUGACGUGAAAGCGCAGUAUCAGCAGAGAUGGCUGGCCAUCGACGCCAACGCUCGCCGCGAGAUCAAGAACUACGUGCUGCAGACUCUGGGUACGGAGACGUACAGGCCGAGCUCCGCCUCUCAGUGCGUGGCCGGUAUUGCGUGUGCUGAGAUCCCGGUCAGUCAGUGGCCGGAGCUCAUUCCUCAGCUGGUGGCCAAUGUCACGGACCCCAGCAGCACCGAACACAUGAAGGAGUCCACGCUGGAAGCCAUCGGGUACAUCUGUCAGGACAUCGAACCAGAGCAGCUCCAGGAAAGCGCUAAUCAGAUUCUAACGGCCAUCAUCCAGGGCAUGAGGAAAGAGGAGCCGAGCAAUAACGUCAAAUUAGCAGCCACCAAUGCUCUGCUCAACUCUCUGGAGUUUACUAAAGCCAACUUCGACAAGGAGACGGAAAGACACUUCAUCAUGCAGGUCGUCUGUGAAGCCACGCAGUGUCCGGACACCAGGGUGAGAGUGGCUGCGUUACAGAACCUGGUGAAGAUCAUGUCCUUGUAUUAUCAGUACAUGGAGACGUACAUGGGGCCCGCUCUGUUCGCAAUCACAAUUGAAGCCAUGAAGAGUGACAUUGAUGAAGUUGCUCUGCAAGGAAUUGAGUUCUGGUCCAACGUGUGUGACGAGGAGAUGGACCUGGCCAUUGAAGCCACGGAGGCAUCGGAGCAGGGCCGGCCGCCAGAGCACACCAGCAAGUUCUAUGCUAAAGGAGCUCUGCAGUACCUGGUGCCCAUUCUCACGCAGACCCUCACGAAGCAGGAUGAGAAUGAUGACGACGACGACUGGAACCCGUGUAAAGCAGCCGGCGUGUGUCUGAUGCUGCUGGCCACGUGCUGCGAGGACGAUGUCGUACCUCACGUCCUCCCCUUCAUCAAAGAGCACAUUAAACACCUGGACUGGCGCUACAGGGAUGCUUCUGUCAUGGCGUUCGGUUCCAUCCUGGAAGGACCCGAACUUAACCAGCUCAAACCGCUAGUCAUCCAGGCCAUGCCCACCCUGAUAGAGCUGAUGAAGGACCCCAGCGUGGUGGUGAGGGACACCACGGCGUGGACGGUGGGACGAAUCUGCGAUCUGCUUCCUGAAGCUGCCAUUAACGAGCUGUACCUGAAUCCUCUGCUGCAGUGCCUCAUCGAGGGGUUGGGGGCCGAGCCACGCGUCGCCUCCAACGUCUGCUGGGCGUUCUCCAGUUUGGCUGAAGCUGCGUAUGAAGCCACUGAUGCUGCUGAAGAUCAGGAGGAACCCAGCACCUACUGCCUGUCCUCUUCAUUCGAACUCAUCGUACAGAAACUUCUGGAAACCACAGACAGGCCAGAUGGACACCAGAACAACCUGCGCAGCGCUGCAUAUGAGGCUCUGAUGGAGAUAGUGAAGAACAGUGCUAAGGACUGUUACCCUGCAGUGCAGAAAACCACACUAGUCAUCAUGGAGCGCCUGCAGCAGGUUCUGCAGAUGGAGUCUCACAUCCAGAGCACAUCAGACCGAAUCCAGUUUAAUGAUCUCCAGUCUCUGCUCUGUGCCACACUGCAGAACGUUCUGCGGAAGGUUCAGCACCAGGACGCUCUGCAGAUCUCUGACGUAGUCAUGGCAUCCCUCUUGCGCAUGUUUCAGAGCACAGCUGGCUCGGGAGGGGUGCAGGAGGAUGCCCUCAUGGCUGUUAGCACUCUGGUAGAAGUUUUAGGCAGUGACUUUCUGAAAUACAUGGAUGCCUUCAAACCAUUCCUGGUUAUUGGACUGAAGAACUAUCAGGAAUAUCAGGUGUGUCUGGCCGCUGUGGGUCUGGUGUGCGACCUGUGUCGAGCCCUGAUGGCCAACAUUCUGCCUUACUGUGACGAAAUCAUGCAGCUGCUGCUGGAGAACCUGGGUAACGAGAACGUGCACCGGUCCGUAAAGCCACAGAUCCUGUCCGUGUUCGGUGACAUCGCUCUGGCCAUCGGAGGGGAGUUUAAGAAAUAUCUGGAGGUGGUUUUGGAUACGCUGCAGCAAGCGUCUCAAGCGCAAGUGGAUAAGACGGACUACGACAUGGUGGAUUACUUGAACGAGCUGCGUGAGGGCUGUCUGGAGGCGUACACAGGAAUCAUUCAGGGCCUCAAAGGAGACCAGGAGAAUGUUCACCCGGACGUGAUGCUGGUGCAGCCGCGUGUGGAGUUCAUCCUGUCCUUCAUCCACCACAUCGCUGAGGAUGAGGAUCACUCUGACGGAGUGGUGGCCAACGCCGUCGGACUCAUCGGUGACCUGUGCACAACAUUCGGUAAGGAUGUGAUGAAGCUGGUGGAGGUUCGUCCUCAGAUUAACGACCUGCUCACCGAGGGACGGCGAUCCAAAACCACCAAAACUAAAACUCUUGCCACGUGGGCCACCAAGGAGCUCCGCAAGCUCAAGAGUCAGGCCUGAUCCAUCAUUGCUGAGGGGAACGUUGACACACCGUGAGAGAAGCGGCCGAGUGGAGUUGUGUGUUUUUUGGCACGCGCGAGUGGGAGCAGAAGUGUGUGUGUGUGCGCUGAGCUGAGUGAGAGUGAGUGAGUGAGCGAGAGAGAGCGCGAGUGAGCGAGCGAGUGAACGAGUGAGCGUGACGAAUGAGAUCGCACCACCUUCUGAGUGAAGAUUCCAGCAGUCGAAAACGGAAGAAGGCUGAUCAAUAAAUCAACAGCAGCCCCUCCCCUCCCUCCCUUCCCCUGUGUAUCCCUCCAUCCUGAACCCUGACACUCGUCCCUCUCUCCAAACUCCCCGAGCUUCUUUUCCUCUUUCACCUGUGGACUCGAUAUGGACAACAUGAACUGGAUUAGCUUCCUAUCUCCUCUGUAGGCUCUUACUAUAAACGUGAAUAAUCAACCGAGGGGCGUGGGAGGGGGUGGAGCAAAACCCCCCCCCAAAAACGGACUACUUCAUUCAACGGAUCUGUGAAGCCCCUCCCACUUUCCACCCCUUUUAUUUUAGUUUCUCUUUCGUCUAUAAGCACCAUGAGUUUCUGACUUGAGAAGGACAAGGGGAGGGGAUCGAACAUCACAAAACAAACAAGGCUGCUGGAGUCCAAGAUGGCCAACUAAGACUGUGUGUGAGUGAGGGAGGGGGUUUCACUGUCUCUACUCCGCCCCCUCUCACCCCUGACCCCUCCUCUUUCUGUUCUUUCAGCUUAAGAAAUAAAUCUAGCUCUUAAUGCUGUAUUUCUGCGUAUAAUUACAAGAGGGAGACAAUUGGCUUUUUACAGCACUUCAAAAAUACUGCUACUCUUCCCUUAAAUCACUGAAAUGUUCUUUUUGUUUUUACUUUUAAGUACAUUUUUUUUUUCUUUCUUUCCUCCCCUUAUCAUUGAUGUGGGCUCUGACCUUCCAGACACUUCUCUUCAGUCGGCUCGGCUGAAAGAGACUCCAGGUUUAUCGCUUUUGAGCACUUUUGGGAUGUACACAAAGGGAUCGACGGCUCGAAGGUGAAAGCACUCGAUUCACACUUUUAAAGUCUCCUUAAAUGGGAAGAAAUUACUGCAGGAAAAAGUGCCAAAAAUAAAAAAAAAUAGGGGGAAAAUAUCAAUGAACAAGGCUUAAAAAUUCUUGUGGAUUGACACGUGGUAGAAAAUAAGACGACGACCAAGGAUUCACCUGCGGCGUCGAGUCAAAUUGAGCUCUCUGUGCUCGGUUGUCGAGCCCGGUUUAGCUUUUCUGCCGCAUUUGGUUGGGGAAAAGGGAGACUUCUGAGCUUGUUUAAAAAUAUGAAUGAAUAAAUAAACGAGAGAGAAAUCAGAUGUUUGUAUAAGGUUAUAUUUUUCCAUUGCUCUGAAAGAACCCACAAUAAAAUGAUAUCAAACAUU